UUGAUAGCUGAGCACUCGAAACAAGGCCAUGCUGAUGACUCUUUUAUUAAGUUAUUCCGUUACUACUCCAUUUCAGAUUUCGAUCCCUGUGCUGAAGAACCAUGUAAAAACGGGGCUACAUGCACGGCAAAAGUGGAAAAUGGCAAGGCUAAGUAUGAAUGUUACUGUGCUCCAGGCUUCGGUGGACCGCAGUGUGAUCAACGACCUUGCGAUGUAAACCCCUGUCUUCACAACGGCACUUGCAGAACGACAGCUGGAUUCAGUUCAUACUUCUGUGAUUGCAAGAAUGGUUACGGUGGCAGAAACUGUGAUAUUGUGAUCGGCUCAGCUCCUCCUCCAGAACGCUACGGUUCCAAUGUGCUCCUGGUCUCGAGUGGAAAAGAAGAAUGGAUCCAACAGAUGAAGGAACGUCUUGGCGCUGGAGGUGGCGCUAAGAAGACAACCACAACGCCUGCACCCGUAGCUGAUGCUCCCUACAAAAGUCCCCACGAGAAGAAGCUGGAACGGGAAGAACGUGAAAAACAAGAAACGGAGCGUAGAGAUAAAGAGAAAAUUGAACUUGAAGAGAAACAAAAACAGGAAGAACUCCGCAUAGAACAGGAACGUCUUGAGACGGAGAAACGCCUCAGUGAAAAGCCUCCUCAAAAGUUUGCCAUCCUCCCAAAUUUCUUAAUUUCGCUGAGUCUCACCCUAGCUAUUCAUCUGAUUUGA